AGACAGUCCGUAAAUCACAAUACCGUGAUAUCUCUCUGUCCCUAGGAACAGUCCGUAGAUCACAAUACCGUGAUAUCUUUCUGUCCCUAGGAAAAGUCCGUAGAUCACAAUACCGUGAUAUCUUUCUGUUCCUAGGAACAGUCCGUAGAUCACAAUACCGCGAUAUCUUUCUGUCCCUAGGAACAGUCAGUAGAUCACAAUACCGCGAUAUCUUAUCUGUCCCUAGGAACAGUCAGUAG